AUGGUCCAAAUUAAGAUGAAGGCCACCGGCGGACCGUUCAUGUGGAAGAAACUAGGGUUGCCGAAACCCAUCCCCUAUGACAGUGACGAUGAAACGUGGGACACCACUCCACCAGCCACCACCAGCACCGAAACGCCACCGGCUACUGAACCAGCGACCGGACGCACCGACUCACCGGCCGUCCAGACAUAUCGCCGGCAAAGAACGCCGCCACCACCAUCCACAAUAGCCCCAACGGCAAACCCUUCCGGCGCAAUGCUAUCUGAAGCAACCACUUCCUCCGGCCACGGCCAGAAACGGCCAAGAACACAGUCGCCACCUCCACCGCCGAGAUCAGAGCCAGAGCCAGAACCCACCAUUGCCAUACAUUCCGCAGGACACAAAGAAAGUGGUACGCCCAGAAAUUUCACCACCAAUAUGCCUUGCGAUGUGCCCACUGAUGCGCCCACGGACUUCACAAGUGAUAUGCCCAGCGAUGUGCCCACUGAUACACUCAGUGAUAUGCCCAGUAAUCUGCCCAGCGAUUUGCCCAAGCCAGCAUACCCAGAUCACAUCGUUCAGGCCCUAACAUUCAACAAAAUUUCUGAGCGCACCAGGCUGAUUAAAAUUUCAUCUCUACCUUAUCACCCAGGUAAGUCGAUCCACCAUGGCACCCUUGGAGCACUGAGACUCCAUUCCCAGGAAUUCGGCAUUGCCAUGGGCUGUGAAUGCCCUCAGUCCACCUGGGACUUCCCUGCUGAGUUUGAUCCAAGCUCUGUGUACUUGGAAUUAAGCGAUAAUCCACCAAACUCAUACUCACCCACCAGGUCUAGUAACACCACGCCAUAA